UGUCAGGUGUUGUUGCCAUGACAACCCAUAUUGUGAGUUUUUUUUAUGCUCUUGAGACAGACAGACAGACAGACGGCAACAGCGAAAAAAAAAGAUUGGUCUAACCUUCUGCCAGACUUCUAGCUAAAUAAGCUCCAAACUGAAAGUCUGAUAUGGAAGAGACUGCUACGACGGAGGAAGCCGUGGAGUUAAAAGCCUCUAGCGAGGCCAUCGCCUUUCUGUCCAGCAUACGGGCUGCGGAGAUGCAGCGGUGUCUGUUUGAAGACUCUCUGGUGACAGUGUCCGAGGGGGGCAGAGAGCUGGGAGAGUUUAAGGUGACUGUGGAGAGGACCAUUUGCAGGGAGCAGCCUUGCCUGCUGCUGCAUGCACACAGCCAUGGAGCUAUUGACAACACUCCCUGUGGUACAGCCAUCACUGCCUACCUUUCUUUGAACCUGGAGACCCUGGAGCAAAACCACCACGAGUACGUCAAGCUUCAGGACCACCGAUUGGACAGGAAGUGUCACAUGGUCCAGCAUGAUGGACAGCUGGUGGUGAACAAAAUCACCACUGUGGGAGAGGAGAUUAGGAGGCAGACCUUGUCGUACCCUCUGUCCUCUGUGAAGGGGUUAGUGUCCGAGGGCUCUAACCUGCUGCUGCUGAGGGUAUUCGCUCUGAGGAAGAACGUCCCGGAAAACAUGACCUUCCUCUCCUUCGACCAGGACACACACAUAUCCACCUCCACAUAUAAGGAGCUGGGGUGCAGGCAGCAGACGGCGGGAGAGGAGGUGGUGGAGGUGUUUGGGGUGGAGAGGACGGUCAACUCGGUGGAGGACAUCCCAGCCAUGUGGCACUGCUACUUCCUGUCUGACGGGCAUCUGGCUAGCCGAGUGCAGGUGGGCUCUCCUGUGACCAUGAGGCUCUUGCUACUCCCGCUCCAAACACACACAGAGGUGAGAGAUGAUAAGCCUGUGUUUGAGAAGAGGUCUCUGGUCUGGGAGGAGGACAUGCAGAUGCACUCCAUGUUCCUGGACAGAAAGGAGGAGUUGAAGGCGGAGCAUGCCUCGUACCUGCGGCAGCACCCGGAGCUCCGCACUAUGAUGGCUGACUUCCUGCAGUUUUUGUUACUAAGGAAACCGAGCGACGUAUUUGUGUUUGCCCGCGAAUACUUCUCCCCAUUUGCCUCCCUCCAACCUCCGGGGAGCACCUUCAACACCUCCUCACCCUGAGGAUGCGUCUCAACAGUAUAAAUAGCUUCCUCUCCACUGAUCUGAGACACGUAUGGGAUAGGUGAAAGCACUGUGAUGUAGGCUUGCCGUGCCUACUAGAGAUUGGAAUUAACUUGUCCAAUUAUUUUAUGUCAGUUCAGAUGGAGGAAAGGGAAUGAAGAGAAGAAGCCUCUUUUGAGAUUCAGCCCAGUUCUCUUUAAUAGGUUCUGUCUUUCAUCUUUUUUUCAUUUUUUUGCCCCUUUUUCUCCCCAAUUGGUAGUUACAGUCUUGUCCCAUCACUGCAACACCUGUACAGACUCGGGAGAGGCGAAUGUCGAGAGCCAUGUGUCCUCCGAAACACAACCCCGCAAAGCCGUACUGCUUCUUGACACAAUGCCCGCUUAACCUGGAAGCCAGCCGCACCAAUGUGUCGGAGGAAACCAUGUACACCUGGCGACCGUGUCAACAUACAUGCGCCCGACCCGCCACAGGAGUCACUAAAGCGUGAUGGUGACGCGAUUGUGCACAUCUUCACGGGUCUCCCGGUCGCAGCCAGGAAUCGAACCAGGAUCUGUAGUGACACAGCUAGCACUGCAAUGCAAAGCCUUAGACCGCUGGGAGGCCCUCCGUCUUUCAUCUCUUGAGGGACAACUGAACUAUUUAUUGGUGGUUUUUGCAAUAAGGCAGAGCAGUGGUUAUGAAGGAAAUAAGAUGAGGAAAGGGAGCACUAAAUUAUUGGGACAUAGAUAAGGAAUUCCAGGAGCUCAUUUUCAGCUGUGUGUGUGUUGUCAUUUUAAAUUUCAAUAAAGCGUAAUGUUUUAUUUAAGCAAAA